AUGUUUGCAGCACAAACAUCCUCACCCUCUACUACAGGGUUGACCGUGAAUACGUCCUCUGCAAACUCUUUGUUGAAACGAAAGGAAGCAGAGGAAGAUAAGAACCUUGCUCAAUUAAGGGUGCUUGAGGCUUACUAUCAAACUCUUCACAUUAGUGGCACGAAUACUACGAGUGCACCCGUAACCUCGUCCGGUGGCAGUUUAUUUGGCGCCACCGCGCCAUCACAACCAGCACAAUCUGGAGGGUUGUUCUCAAGUCUGGUUACCCAGAACCAGGAGCAGCGGAAACCAGCUGGAUCAAGCCUGUUUGGAGGUAACACUCAGCAAACGCAACAGAGCUCUGGGAGCAUUUUCAGAGGAUUCGGGUCGGGAAACACAGAACAGCAAACUGGAACAGGGGAAAGUUCACUUUUUGGGGCUGGCACUCAGCAGCAACAGCAACCUCAGCAGACGGGGAGCUUGUUUGGUGGUGCGCAGCAAAAACCAGCUACUGGUGACAGCUCCCUCUUUGGCGGAGCUACAUCUACCUCUCAACCGCACACCACCCCACCUCUUUUUGGGGGAAUUGGACAGACCUCUGGCACUUCUACCAUGGGAGGGGGAUUACUUAAUACCUCUCAGACUCAACAACAACAGUCCCAGCAAGCAACAUCGCUGUUUGGCAACCGAAAUACAACCACACAACCAGACCAGCGACCAGCCAGCUCAACCGUCCAAGGCGUCAAAAUUGACGUCUCAAACCUCGUCCCAACCACCAAGUUCGAGAGCUGCAACGAAGAGCUAAAGAAGGAAAUCGAAGCCAUAGACACCUUCAUCUUGAACCAAAUACGCAUGUGCAACGAAGUCUCCGACAUUCUCCCCAAAAUCUCAUCCCAAGGCACCUUCGUGCCCAAUGACGUUGACUUCAUCCAAAACAAACUGGACACUCUCCAAGAAGCCCUAGAAAAUGACGCCAGGGGUAUCGAAAACGUCCGCAACCUAGUUGUCCGGGAUGCGGGGGAAGCUAAGCUUGCUUUCCGUGCUCUCGACACCCUUCUCCUACCCCUCCAAUACCAGCCCACGCCAGCGGACAGAUGGCUCUCCACCAAUCCGCAAACCCAAGCCAUGCCAGGCCGCUCACUGCGCUCCAGCCUAAGCGCGCGCCACAUGCUCGCCCUCCCCGAAGAUGCAGAGGCAGACACAAGUCUCGUGUCGACAAGUGGCCCAACAAAUCUGGUCGAUUACUUCUCCCAGCGCACGGAUGAUAUGAACACGGUUGUUUUGCGGUAUAAGAAUAACCUGAAAGAGAUUGAGGAUCAUCUCCGCGGUGUUGAGGCGUCGCUUAAUCAGCAGAUUAGUGAUUUGUCGUCUAGGAGUCGGGAUGGGGGAGGCCAGUCGCACGCGCCUGUGUCUAGGGUUAGUGAGCUUGCUGCGACGCUGGGGGAUGUGGAGACAGCUAUCCUUGGUGUUGCGGGGAGGGUUGGGGGUGUUAGGGAGGAGGUUCAGGAACUUUUACUUGGGCCUUUGGGUACGCGUGGGAAUGGGAUGACGAAUGGAUGGUAA